AUGGAGGAAGGAGCAAAACUAGUCGAAAAAGAGAGGUAUCAACGGCUAGUAGGGAAGCUGAUAUAUCUGUCACACACACGACCUGACAUAGCCUAUGCAGUAGGUGUUGUUAGCCAGUUUAUGCACCAGCCUCAAAUAGCACACAUGGAAGUAGUAUGUAGAAUCAUGAGAUAUCUCAAAGGAACAAUUGACCAUGGAGUCCUCUUUAAAUCAAACGGACAUCUGAAAAUUCAAGGGUACACUGAUGCAGACUGGGCCGGAGAUAAAGGGGAUCGAAGAUCAACAUCAGGGUACUUCACCCUAGUCGGGGGAAAUCUAGUUACCUGGAGAAGCAAGAAGCAAAAGGUGGUUGCUCUAUCCUGUGCAGAAGCUGAAUUUCGAGGAAUAGCACAAGGCUUGACAGAAAUACUAUGGAUACGGAAGCUGUAA